UUUACAGUGGAGGUGAACAGUUGUGCAGCCAGGAAGAAAAAGUUCACACAGAGUGUUUGGAGUAUGAACACACUCAGUUUUUUCCUUUUGGCUCUUGGUUUUCUCGUCUGUGAGGGAGGUAACCCGUGCUGCUCGGAGCCAUGCCAGAACAGAGGCGUCUGCACAGCCCUGGGAGCCGAAGCGUAUGAGUGUGACUGCACGCGUACGGGAUACACCGGUCCAAACUGCACCACGCCUGAAUUACUCACCAAGAUCAAAGUGCUCUUGAAGCCGUCGCCCAACACGGUCCACUACAUUCUCACCCACUUCAAGGGCUUUUGGAACAUCGUCAACAACAUCUCAUUCCUCCGAGAUGCCAUCAUGAAAUACGUGCUGACAUCUCGCUCGCACAUGAUUGAUAGCCCCCCAACUUACAACGCUGAUUACGAUUACAAAAACUGGGAAGCCUAUUCCAACCUCUCCUACUACACAAGAACACUCCCCCCGGUUCCGCAGGACUGCCCAACCCCGAUGGGAGUCGUAGGUAAAAAGGAGCUACCUGAUGCCAAGCUUCUUGCUGAGAAACUCCUGAUGAGACGACAGUUCAUCCCUGACCCGCAGGGCAGCAGCCUGAUGUUUGCGUUCUUCGCUCAGCACUUUACGCACCAGUUCUUCAAAUCGGACAUGAAGAGAGGCCCCGCCUUCACGCAGGCCAAAGGUCACGGGGUGGACCUCAGUCACGUUUACGGAGACGGCCUGGAGAGGCAGUACAAGCUGAGGCUCUUGAAAGACGGCAAACUUAAGCAUCAGAUGCUGGAUGGAGAGAUGUACCCCCCAACUGUAAAGGAAGUGGGUGCUGAUAUGCACUACCCUCCUCAUGUCCCUGACUCUCACCGCUUUGCCGUCGGCCACGAAGCGUUCGGACUGGUCCCUGGACUCAUGAUGUACGCCACCAUAUGGCUCCGGGAACACAACAGGGUGUGUGACAUCUUGAAGGAGGUCCAUCCUGACUGGAACGACGAAAGACUCUUUCAGACCGCACGGCUCAUUCUGAUUGGAGAAACCAUCAAGAUCGUGAUUGAGGACUACGUGCAGCACCUGAGUGGCUAUAAUUUCAAGCUCAAGUUCGAUCCCGAGCUGUUGUUUAGCCAGCGUUUCCAGUACCAGAACCGCAUUGCAUCCGAAUUCAACACCCUUUACCACUGGCACCCCCUGAUGCCCGAUACCUUCCGCAUUGAGGAGAAAGACUACAACUACAAAGAGUUCGUCUUCAACACGUCGGUCGUGACAAAGCAUGGGAUUGCCAACUUAGUGGAGUCCUUCACUAAGCAAAUAGCUGGGCGGGUUGCUGGUGGCCGGAAUGUCCCUGCACCAAUUAUGUAUGUGACCGUUAAAUCCAUGGAGGACAGCAGAAAAAUGCGUUAUCAGUCUCUGAACGCCUACAGGAAAAGAUUUUCCAUGAGUCCAUACACGUCUUUUGAAGACCUGACAGGAGAAAAAGAAAUGGCCGCAGUGCUGGAGGAGAUGUACGGCGACGUUGACGCUGUGGAGCUCUACCCGGGCCUGCUGGUGGAAAAACCCCGCGAGAAUGCUAUCUUUGGGGAGACCAUGGUGGAGAUGGGGGCCCCUUUUUCACUCAAGGGCUUGAUGGGAAACCCCAUCUGCUCUCCAGAAUACUGGAAGCCCAGCACCUUUGGAGGCAGCAUAGGAUUUGACAUCGUCAACACGGCAUCCCUGCAGAGGCUUGUGUGCAAUAAUGUCCAGGGGCCCUGCCCGGUGGCGUCUUUUUAUGUGCCGGACGUCAGCGACACGGGGUCCAACUCCAGCACGUCCCCCUCACGUGGUAGUGACGUCAACCCCACAGUCAUUUUGGAAGAAAGGACUACUGAGCUCUAAGUUUAUUUUUAAGCUAUUCAUACAGCUAUUUAUUUAUUUAAUGUCUUAUUAUUUAUUCUAUUUAUAACAGAACAUGUUUUAUAUGAUUGGUAAUAUAUUGUUGAACGGCUCUAUUAUUUAUUGAAACACACAAUGUAUUGUAAGUUAUUGUAUUGUAAAGUGAAAGAUCUCAGCGACUGCAACCUGAUACUUGAAAGUUAGUUUACAAUUUGAGCUACAGUUACGUUGCUAACGUUUCUAUGAACUAAGUGCUGCUUGUCUUCCACUUUGUGUUUAUGUACAGUCUUUGUUCAUUUAUGACAAAAAAGUGGACUUUUACUGCCGACGGUAAAUAGAAGCCCUGUAAUGAUGAAAUAGAGUAAUUUAAUCAAUUUGAGUAUUUUUUUGUAUUUAUAAUUUUUGCUUCAGUUUUAUUUAAAUAUAUAUGGUCAUUUGAAAUGACACUGGAUUUAAGUUGCGCGGUUUUAUAUGUCUGUUUUGUAGAAGACUCACUUGAAUCGGGUUGAAAUAGUCAUGUGGUUGGUUAGAUAGGCUCUCAAGGACUAUUUGAAUACCAGUUUGGCACUAAUAAACGUUAGCAGGAAAUGGUGAACAUUUCUCUAGAAAUCACAUGGCACUCUCAUCCUUGUUUGACAUUCAACUGUGUAAUCCAACUUGUAGAUGACUGCAAAGUAUUUCUUAUAAUUAAAUUAUAUUUCUGA